AAAUGAGCUCUGACAGCAGUAGUGGUACAGUUUAACAGCAGCAGAAGCGGCAGCAGAGGGAGGAUGGUCAGACAUAUGUUCUCUAAUCUCCUACUACUCUGGUCAAUCAGCCAUGACCUUUAUAUAACUGGACUGACAUAUCAUGUGCCAAAGGAGCAGUCCUGGAACAACCAGAAUCUCUUUUCUGUCCCUCUGGAUUUGGAUGUAAGGCUUAGAAGACUCGACCUGUCCAAUAACUUCAUCAGACAGUUGCACACACUUGCUUUGCCAUACUUGGAACAGCUGGACCUGAGCUCCAACCAGCUGGAUCUCAUCUCAGAGGGGGCUUUUGAAAACUUGGCUCGACUUGAGGAGUUGAAUUUGUCCAGAAAUGUGCUGAACAACAACGUGGGCAGUAAUGGCAAAGCCCUCCAAUCCAUCAGUAGACUGAAGAGUUUGGACAUAUCAAUGAACGGUUUGAGUGAUGAUGCAGUGGAACUGUACCUUCGAAACAAAUCAUCUCUUGAUCAACUGAAGAUGACUGGUAAUGCUUUAACAAGACUUUCACACAACUUGUUCAAAGAGAGUGAAGGUCUGAGGGUCAUUACUAUUGAUGACAAUCAGAUAUCAGUGAUAGAACAGGGCACAUUUGAACCAUUGAGCCAAUUAGAGACGCUAAACUUGGCCAAAAAUAACCUCGCUCAUAUCUGUGAUUUUAAGUUGCAUCAAGUUAAAUAUCUGAAUCUGAGUCGAAACUCAGUUGAGUUCUUUGUUACGCGUGAGGAUGACCAGUUGUACAGGCUUGAAAUUCUUGAUUUAAGUCACAACAAACUUCUUUAUUUCCCAAUUGUUCCCAAAAUGAACAGUUUGAGGUAUCUUCAUUUACAGAAUAAUUUGGUUGGCACCUUAAAUUCAGAGGCUACAAUGGUAUCAGAGGCCAAUGCUCUUUAUUAUGAGAUUAUGAAUGAGAAAACCGUUAGAAAAAAUAACCUUCACUCCAACUGGAGGCUGAUGCCACUGAUUUAUAUUGACCUGAGCUACAACCACUUCAGGUCUUUCCCACUGGAGACUUUCAACCAUCUCUUAUCUUUAGAAACUCUGAAUUUCAGUUACAACUGUUUGCAAAACAUCACCUGGAAUGUGAGAAAUGAUGAAUCGGGAUACCGUCGGCAGCUUUUCUUUCCCUCUUUAAAGUACCUCGACCUGCAGAGUAAUGGACUUGUAUACAUUUCUCCACUAUUUCUCAAUGCGCUCACGCAAAUAGAAACAUUAAAUCUACAAGACAAUUCUGUGCAACCUUGUGCCUCUAUGGACCAAUCUGCACCGCAAAUAAAUCUCAACACAUCCUGUGUUGUCUUUGGGCAGUUAAGGACUCUUAAACACCUCAAUCUUAAAGAAAACAACAUCAAAAUGCUUCAACCAAACACGUUUUUAAAAACCUCUUUGGUUUCUCUGAACCUUGCAAGAAAUUCACAUAUGGGAAUGCAAGUGGGCUCAUUAGAAGGUGUGCAAAAGACUCUUCAGUCCUUGUUCAUCAGUGAAAUAAACAUGACCAGUUCUGAUCUGUCGUUACCCUGCAUGCCGGUGUUAACUCAGCUGAACAUAUCUAACAACCGUCUAGAUGUGAUACCCAGCAGUUUGAGCUGCUCUCCUCUGAGAGAAAUCGACAUAAGAAAUAAUCAUUUUGCGUCUUUAAACCAUUCUUUGUUUCUUGCUUUAUCAGUGCACCUCAAUCUUAUGUAUAUUAGUGGAAAUUAUUUUAACUGUUGUGACAGUAAAUGGCUUACAAUCCUCCAUGAGUUGAAGGGAAAGCUGCCUGAUGUCAGUGACACUGUAUGCUUUACAAGUGAUAGCAACAUUACGAUAACAGAGUAUCUGAAAAACCCUUCAGUGUAUUGUUUGUUUCAUACAAAAGCACAGGAAACCCACUUUGGAACAGUGAUCAUAAUUGUUUUAUUUGUAGCUGUGAUAUUAACAGUGUUCAUAAUAUUCACCAGGAAGGUGUGUUGCACACAGAGAUCAUUUAUAGUGUGAAACAUCUGUUGUCAUUGGUUGAUUUAUAUGCACAUGGGUUUCAUAAAGUAAGCAAAGCAAAUAAAGCUGUGAGAAACUGGAACUAACUGAAGCAUAAUUCCUGUGUUCCUGUGUGCAUGAUCCAUUUUACUAUAAACAGAAGUGGGGCUUAAUGGCUGCUUGGACUGUAAAAACUAGUGUAAUCUUAGUUUAUAAAAUGCAGUAAAAUCUUCAUCAUCUAACACAAUUAUAUUCUCAUCUCCAUUCAAGGCUUACUUUUAUGACCUGCACAUUAUUAGUCUUGUAGAACAUGCAUCACGCUGUGUGAACUGUGCAGCGAAAAUAUUGUGAUUGAAAUUGGCUUUAUCGACUCCCAAGCUGUUUGGUUACGGUGCGUGCCAAAUGGCUAAUCAUGUGGAGAAUUUUUGCCCAUCCUUCAUUGUGAAAUGUUUGCUUGCCUAAAGAUUUUGCCUUGGCUCAAAUUUUUAUGACGUCUGUGAGGCCUUGCACGACAUUCCUAAAAUCUGAACUCGUGAAUAAUUCAAUAAAAAAACACAAUAAGAGACCUUUUACAAGUUUAGGUAUAACCAUAUACUGUGUAUAUAUAUAUAUAUAUCUUUUUUUUCAAUUUUAAUAGAUAUCACUUUCUGCAUCUGUUUGUGUUUUGUUAUGUAUAAUUGAUGUGGCUCUGACCCUGGUCAUGAAAUACAAUGGUAAAUGUGGCAACAGUUAUGCUGUACAUAAUAUAUAUAUACUGUACCUAAUAAC